UUCAGGAAAUGUACAACACUCAAUGUACGACUUGAAGGUAGAAUGUUUGCUCAAGACGGUGUCCUGACAUCAUCCUGCGACACGCCCCCUGUCGGCCGAGCCGGAUUUACAGGAAGACCCGAGAGCACAUGAAGGCCAGUCAACAGUGAGCGUUUUGCAACAUCAUCGCAUGAUUUACCGGGUGACGGAAACCAAGGGCAUGGGACGAGAAUUUGGGACUUUAGUGGAUUAGACACUUUGUAAACCGUUAAAAAGCCACACAGCUCUACCGGAUAGACGUCUGUAACGGUCGGAUUAACGUCCAACUGCUUUCGACUCCGAUUAGGAUGGCGUUAAUAUUGUUCUCGAGAUCUCGGACUCCGUUGAUGAAAACAUCCAGGUCAUUAAAGCACGAGUUCAGGAAAGAAAAGAAAGUAGCCUGCAUCAGUUGUACUGCACUACACCUGGCUACAAACAGUCCCGAGGUUCUCAGAGGCAGUUUGGCAGCCCGGAUGUUCUCUCUCAGGCUGUAUCCUGACUGUUCAUACAUUCGACAGUGCUCGCCGACCAGUUCAUCUCGUCUUUACUCUGCCGUCCUGAUGCCCAACUCUGCUGCACUAGGCCACACUCACCAUGUCUGUCAUUGGGCAGUUGCACAGUGGCCCACACCAGUACGGUGGGUUCACACCUCACGCUGUCUGCAUGACGACUCCAAAGUGGAGCGCUCGCUGCGUUCACUAAAAGACCGAAAUAAAAAGCUAGAGGAGGGAGGACCCAUCUACAGCCCUACUGUGGACGUGGCGCCAGUGCGGCGAACGCUAAGGCAGUGGGUAGUUGAUGAAGUGAAGCACUAUUACCAUGGGUUCCGACUUCUGUGGAUAGAUACGGCCAUCACUGGACGCAUGCUGUGGAGAGUGCUGAAUGGACAAACUCUGUCACGAAGAGAGAGGAGACAGUUCCUAAGGACAUGUGCAGAUUUAUUCCGACUCGUGCCUUUUCUGGUUUUUAUCAUUGUUCCAUUUAUGGAGUUCCUGCUUCCUGUUGCCCUGAAGCUUUUCCCCAACAUGCUACCAUCCACUUUUGAGACAAAGUCCAAGAAGGAAGAGAGAUUGAAGAAGGAGCUGCGAGUGAAGCUAGAGAUGGCGAAGUUCUUACAGGACACAGUGGAGGAGAUUGCACUGAGAAACAAAGCAGACAAAGGCAACGUGACUGAGGAGUUUUCUACCUUCUUCCAGAAGAUCCGGGACUCAGGUGAAAGGCCUAGCAACGAGCAGAUCAUCCGAUUCUCCAAACUGUUUGAGGAUGAGCUGACCCUAGACAACCUGACACGGCCGCAACUGGUAGCUCUCUGCAAGCUAUUGGAGCUGCAGCCCAUCGGCACCAACAACUUCCUCCGCUUCCAGCUCAUCAUGAAGCUCCGCUCCAUCCGUGCUGAUGACAAGCUGAUAGCAGAGGAAGGAGUGGAGAGCCUUAAUGCGAAUGAGCUGCAAGCAGCAUGCAGGGUUCGAGGCAUGAGAGCUCUGGGAGUGACUGAGGACAGGCUUAGAGAUCAACUCAAACAGUGGCUGGAGCUGCAUUUGAACCAGCACAUCCCCACUUCUCUGCUACUGCUUUCGAGGGCCAUGUUCCUUCCUGACACUCUGUCCCCUGCAGACCAGCUUAAAACCACACUGCAAACCUUGCCUGAGAUAGUGGCUAAAGAGGCACAGGUGAAAGUGGCAGAGCUUGACUUCUCUAAGGUGGAUAACAAGACUAAACUGGAGACCAUGCUACAGGAAGAGGCAGCUAUUCGCCAGGAGAACAAAGAGAGGGAGCUGGAGAGGCUAGCUGAAACUGCAGAGAAAGCCAAAGAGCAGAAGGAGGAUGUGGAGGCUGAUAUGCAGGUAGAUGCGGAUCUUGCUAUGCACAGUGUAGACGUGGCUAUUCACUCUGAAACAUUACGAGACACAGCACCAGUGCUGGACGGUAUUAAGGGAGAGGAGAUCACUAAGGAGGAGAUUGACAUGUUGAGUGAUGCCUGUACCAAACUGAAGGAAGAGAAAAAACUCCUGACAAAAGAGAAAGAGGAGCUGGAGGAGCUGAAAGAUGACGUGCAGGAAUACUGUGAGGAUCUGGAGGAGAUAAAGAAAGAGCUUUCUAAAACUGGGCAGGAGAAAGAGGUGGAAGAGUCUAAAGCCAGUAAGCAUCUGUCACGCCGGGUGAACCGCAUGAUCGGCCGCAUGGAUAAGAUCAUAAACGAGUUAGAGAAAGACAAGCUGGUGCUGGAUGGACAGAUGGACAGUGGAACCACACCACCAGUUGGAUUAUUCUUUGAGAAAUGUAAUGACUUACAGAGGGAGAACCUGAUUAGCAUCAAUGAGCUCAUUGCUGCUUUGAGGCAGAUCCAGAGCAUUCCAGAGCACAAGCUACUCAGCAUCGCCGACGCGCUGGAUGAAAACAAGGAUGGCAAGAUAGACAUUGACGAUGUUAUCAAGGUGGUGGAGCUGAUCGAUAAGGAGGAUGUGGACAUCUCCACUGCACAAGUGGCGGAUAUCAUGUUGAUGCUGCAGAAAGAGGAGAAGUUGGUGGAAAAGGAAAAAGCUAAGGAGAAGGCUGAAAAGGAGCAUGCCGCUAAAGUUCAGCAAAACUAAGUUCAUCAGGGCGAGUUGCCAUGGAGCAGGAAAGCACAGAGGAGCCACUGGUGCUGUAGCCACUGGUUUCAUACUUGAAAAAUAAGAGAAAUUAAAUUAUUUGUUGAAAAACCCAAACAUUCACUUCACCAUCUAACCAUCAGCUGGCAGUGAUGUCACUUCAUGUGAGCUGACUCACUAUUUUUAUUUUGCACGCCAUUAUUGUCGUCAUCAUUCCACUGCCAACGCUGCCAUUUGGAUUCCUUUAUUUUGUGUAUUUUAUUUAGGCUCUUUUAAGUUUAAUUAUUUAGCGGACUCUAGCUCAGAUGGCCUGUGAGUGUGCUAUUGUAUUUGUCCAGAAACCAAAGUAAAUUUGCAAAUGUACUACAGAACUCAAGGUCAGUAUACAAAUAGUACAGACUGAUCAAGAGGUCAGGUCUAGUGAGCAGAGUCUCCGCUAUGUGUUUAUUUAUUUUUUGUUUGUUUGCUAUUACUCUGUUGUGGCCUUGAAUGAACAAACACAUUUCCUGGUAAUGUCAGUGAUUUAAAAAAACAAAACAAAAAAAACCCAACUUUAUUGAAUAAGUAUUGCCCAUCUGAAAGUCCUCCCUUUAAUUGACUUAUUAAGCGUGUUCCCUUUCACCCCUUGAUGAAACAUGGAGUCUUGUGGAUGCAUGUAUUAGGGGUCUAGUUAACCUUGGAACAAAUGCUAGCUGUAGACUCUUAGUUCAACUGGCCUGAGUUCGUUAUGGAAUGUAGAGGAUUGAUGGCGAGAGAAUUAUUUGGUGCUUGAAGUGUGUGUGUGUGUGUGUGUGUGUGUGUGUGUGUGUGUGAGUGAGAGAGAGAGAAGAUGGAGUGGGCUCUUUGCAGUGCAGACAAGUUUGGUGUAUCUAGGCCUCAGCUCAGACCCAGUAUGGUGAGGCCAGUCUGGGUAGAGUCGUUUCAAGGACUGGGUAAACACUCACACCAUACAUGGAGAGGGUAGCUAGCAGAUACACACACACACACACACACACACAUUGUAUUAUGUCAGCAUAAAAUAGUUGCACAGGGCACAGCAGACCGCGAAUACAUCACUCCCACUCCUAAACAUGUCAUAGAGAGAGAACAGAGCGUCUGACCUGAAAGCACCGACUCUGUGUUGCAUCAGAGAGACAGACGGAGCUCUGUUUUGGAGUCAGGGUGCCUUUCUCACUUAGUGUCUGUAAGCUUCAGCCGUGCUGCAACCAAGGGUUAGAGGUCAACCCUCACCACAGUAACCACCUGUAUUUAUGCAGCUUGUGUAUCUGCGUUUGGGCUUUAAACCACAUGAAUUUAUUGCACAUUAUAAUCUCAUUAUCUGUUGUUUAAAGGGAGCAAGAAAUACUGAUUUACAAUUGCACUAUCGUUAUUUAAAGCUUUUUUUUAUCGUUGUGAUUCGGACUCAGGAAUUUUUGUGUAACGGGUUGCAUUUUAGGAGAGAAGUGGGCUGGUGGGUGGUGUAACUGGAAGAGAUGGAGCAUCUUUUGUCAUGUGGCAAGAGGCUAUAUUUGGGUGAAUGACCCAGAUUUUGAGGAGAAUUAUUAUGGUGUUUCACUACCCUGAAUGUACACUACUGUCCUUCUGCUUUAAUAUACACUCACUUGGUCUGACCAAGAGGUUUAAAAAAAAGGUUAUUGUUAAACUUAAAAUUGUGCAAAUCUAACAGUAGUAGAAGGACAGCUGACUGAAAAGGCAGUGUGAAAUUGUCCAGGAAGUAACCACUGUAUCCAAAAUUUGUAGUUGACUUAAAUCCAAGUGGAGUUUAUUUAACAGAAGAAUUCAGAGCAAUAGCUAUAUUAGUAUUGAAAUUUUUGUUUUUGUUGUGUGCUGGUUAGAAUUACAAAUGCAAUUAUUAAAUCUCUGUAUUGGCUCUGUAUGAAUAUUAGCUAGUAUUGUAUACUGAAAUAUUGAAUUGGUGUCCAAUAGUAUCUAAAAAAAAUAAAGGGUAUACAGUGAGGGGAAAAAAGUAUUUGAUCCCCUGCUGAUUUUGUACGUUUGCCCACUGACAAAGAAAUGAUCAGUCUAUAAUUUUAAUGGUAGAUUUAUUUGAACAGUGAGAGACAGAAUAACAACAGGAAAAUCCAGAAAAACGCAUGUCAAAAAUGUUAUAAAUUGAUUUGCAUUUUAAUGAGGGAAAUAACUAUUUGACCCCUCUGCAAAACAUGACUUAGUACUUGGUGGAAAAACCCUUGUUGGCAAUCACAGAGGUCAGACGUUUCUUGUAGUUGGCCACCAGGUUUGCACACAUCUCAGGAGGGAUUUUGUCCCACUCCUCUUUGCAGAUCUUCUCCAAGUCAUUAAGGUUUCAAGGCUGACGUUUGGCAACUCGAACCUUCAGCUCCCUCCACAGAUUUUCUAUGGGAUUAAGGUCUGGAGACUGGGUAGGCCACUCCAGGACCUUAAUGUGCUUCUUCUUGAGCCACUCCUUUGAUGCCUUGGCCGUGUGUUUUGGGUCAUUGUCAUGCUGGAAUACCCAUCCACGACCCAUUUUCAAUGCCCUGGCUGAGGGAAGGAGGUUCUCACCCAAGAUUUGACGGUACAUGGCACCGUCCAUCGUCCCUUUGAUGCGGUGAAGUUGUCCUGUCCCCUUAGCAGAAAAACACCCCCAAAGCGUAAUGUUUCCACCUCCAUGUUUGACGGUGGGGAUGGUGUUCUUGGGGUCAUAGGCAGCAUUCCUCCUCCUCCAAACACGGCGAGUUGAGUUGAUGCCAAAGAGCUCCAUUUUGGUCUCAUCUGACCACAACACUUUCACCCAGUUGUCCUCUGAAUCAUUCAGAUGUUCAUUGGCAAACUUCAGACGGGCAUGUAUAUGUGCUUUCUUGAGCAGGGGGACCUUGCGGGCGCUGCAGGAUUUCAGUCCUUCACAGCGUAGUGUGUUACCAGUUGUUUUCUUGGUGACUAUGGUCCCAGAUGCCUUGAGAUCAUUGACAAGAUCCUCCCGUGUAGUUCUGGGCUGAUUCCUCACUGUUCUCAUGAUCAUUGCAACUCCACGAGGUGAGAUCUUGCAUGGAGCCCCAGGCCGAGGGAGAUUGACAGUUCUUUUGUGUUUCUUCCAUUUGUGAAUAAUCGCACCAACUGUUGUCACCUUCUCACCAAGCUGCUUGGCAAUGGUCUUGUAGCCCAUUCCAGACUUGUGUAGGUCUACAAUCUUGUCCCUGACAUCCUUGGAGAGCUCUUUGGUCUUGGCCGUGGUGGUGAGUUUGGAAUCUGAUUGAUUGAUUGCUUCUGUGGACAGGUGUCUUUUAUACAGGUAACAAGCUGAGAUUAGGAGCACUCCCUUUAAGCGUGUGCUCCUAAUCUCAGCUCGUUACCUGUAUAAAAGACACCUGGGAGCCAGAAAUCUUUUUGAUUGAGAGGGGGUCAAAUACUUAUUUCCCUCAUUAAAAUGCAAAUCAAUUUAUAACAUUUUUGACAUGCGUUUUUCUGGAUUUUCUUGUUGUUAUUCUGUCUCUCACUGUUCAAAUAAAUCUACCAUUAAAAUUAUAGAAUGAUCAUUUCUUUGUCAGUGGGCAAACGUACAAAAUCAGCAGGGGAUCAAAUACUUUUUUCCCUCACUGUAGUGUUUAAAAAUGGAAUUUGCCCAGCCUGAUUUUCUGUGCUUUAAAAAAAAAUAAAAAUAAAAAAUCAUACACUUAUGCUUAGCCAAAACUGAUUACAUUAAAAAAAAGCUAAAUCUUAAGCCAAAAACCAACCCCUGAAUACAUUUGUUCAAAUAUAAUUGCAGAUGUCAUAGUACUUGUUGUUACAAAUAUGUAUGCAGAUAUGUUGAACCCUAGAAAUUGUUUUUAAUGUCCCUGUAUAACUGUACAAGUGUACAGUGGAUUGGCUUUUAGUUUUUACUUUCAAUGAAUUUUUUUAAGUAUUAUUAUUAAAUGAAUUUAAAUUGCUUACGUUUCAAACCAUCAAAAAACGAGUCAAAAAAUGUUUGGUUUUGUUUGAGUUGUUAUAAAAAUAUAUAUGAAAAAAUAUAGCUUUUAAUUUUGCCAUGAAUAAUUCACAUGUAAAUAUACAUAUUCUGAAACAGGUCAUUCUAGUUUGAAUAAAAAGAGGUAAUAUGAUUCCUGAGAAGUAUUGUACCAUUUCUUUAUUAUUAUUAUUAUUUAAUACACAAUAUUUGCCCAUAUUUUUUGUUUGCUGUUUCUGCUUCCUACCAUUCAUUUUGAAUUUGUUUCCCCACCUUCAAUCCUUAUAGCUUUUCCCUCUUUUUGUCACUUACCAUUCCUGUUUGUAUAUUAUACACUCACUGAGUACUUUAUUAGGAACACCUGUACACCUACUCAUUCAUGCAAUGAUUUAAUCAGCCAAUCAUGUGCCAGCAGGGCAAUGCAUAAAAUCAUGUUGAUUUGGUGCAGUAGCUUAAGGUAAUGUUCACAUCAACCGUCAGAAUGUGAUUUCAGGGAUUUUGACCGUGGCAUGAUUGUUGGUGCCAGACAGGCUGGUUUUAGUAUUUCUGUAACUGCUGAGUUCCUGGGAUUUUCACACACAACAGUCUCGUGUUUACUCAGAAUGGUGCAGUAAAGAAAAACACAUUCAGUGAGUGGCAGUUCUGUGAAUGGAAACAGCUUGUUGAUAAGAGUUCAACAGAGAACGGCCAGACUGGUUGGAGCUGACAGAAAGGCUACAGUAACUCAUAUAACCACUCUGUACAAUCGUGAUGAGCAGAAAAGCUUUUCAGAAUGCACAACAUGUUGAACCUUGAGAUGGAUGGGCAACAACAGCAGAAGACCAUGGCAGAUUCAACUUCUGUCCAACAAGAACAGAAAGCUGAGGCUGCAGUGGACACAGGCUCACCAAAACUGGACAGUUGAAGACUGGUAAUACAUAGCCUGCUCUGAUGAAUCUUGAUUUCUGCACACAGAAGGUAGGGUCAGAAUUUGGCUCCAACAGCAUGAAUCCAAGGACCCAACCUGCCUUGUGUCAACAGUCCAGGAUAGAGGAGGUGGUGUAAUUGUGAGGGGAAUGUUUUCUUGGCACACUUUGGGCCAAUCCCAAUAGAGUACCUUUGGGAUGUGGUAGAACGGGAGAUCCGCAGCAUGAAAGUGCACCUGAAUAAUCUGCAGGAAUUGUGUGAUAAAACAUGGACAAGAAUAUUAAAGGAACGUUUCCAACAGCCAACAGGAAAAAGGAAUAUUUCCAACAAGAAUUGAGGCAGUUUUGAGAGCAAAGCGAGGUCCUAGCCUGUAUUAGUA